AUGGAGCACAACCACCUCCACCUGCACAACAGCUCGCUCCUGGCGCACCACCAGUAUGGCUGUGGCCUGGGCUAUGCCCCCGUCGUCUACUACAGCCUGCUGCUCUGCCUCGGGCUGCCCGCAAACAUCUUGACAGUCAUCAUCCUUUCCCAGCUUGUUGCUCGCAGGCAGAAGUCCUCCUAUAACUACCUUCUAGCUCUAGCUGCUGCUGACAUCCUGGUUCURUUCUUCAUUGUUUUUGUUGACUUUCUCAUGGAAGACUUUAUCUUAAACAAACAGAUGCCUCAGGUACUGGACAAAAUAAUCGAGGUCUUGGAGUUUUCUUCCAUCCACACCUCCAUUUGGAUUACUGUCCCACUAACAAUUGACAGGUACAUAGCCGUGUGCCAUCCGCUGCGCUAUCACACAGUCUCCUACCCUGCUCGUACUCGAAAAGUCAUCGUAAGUGUCUACAUCACCUGCUUUUUGACCAGCAUUCCCUAUUACUGGUGGCCCAACAUUUGGAUUGAAGACUACAUAAGCACAUCAAUGCAUCAUGUCCUCAUCUGGAUCCACUGCUUUACUGUUUACUUGGUGCCCUGCUCCAUCUUCUUCAUUCUGAAUUCCAUCAUCGUGUACAAGCUGCGGCGGAAGAGCAACUUCCGCCUCAGAGGGUACUCCACAGGGAAAACAACAGCCAUCCUGUUUACUAUAACUUCUAUUUUUGCCAUACUUUGGGCACCAAGAAUAAUCAUGAUACUGUAUCACCUCUACGUGUCGCCUAUACACAACAGCUGGGUGGUGCACAUCGCGUCGGACAUUGCCAAUAUGCUCGCGCUGCUCAACACUGCAAUUAAUUUCUUCCUCUACUGUUUUAUUAGCAAAAGAUUUCGCACAAUGGCAGCUGCCACACUGAAGGCCUUCUUUAAGUGUCAAAAGCAACCUGUGCAAUUCUAUACAAACCAUAACUUUUCAAUAACAAGCAGCCCUUGGAUUUCCCCUGCCAAUUCACAUUGCAUCAAAAUGCUUGUUUACCAGUAUGAUAAGAAUGGAAAGCCUAUAAAAAUAUCACCAUGAAAAGGACAACUGGUGCAGUUUCUGGGUGCAAUUACUUUUCAAGUGGUUACAUCUUCAGGAUGUAAUUUGCUGAAAUGGCUCAUUUAAAGAGUGGUCAUUUGAUUUAAUUUCCCUAGGAGGCUGAGGAAAGAUGAGACUGAGAAGGGAAUAGGAGCACUUGAUUUAGAAGCGACAGUGAGAAGGCAGAUGCCUCCAUCUCCUACAUGGCAUUUUGAAUGUGCUUUGGAGUUCAAGUCCCAGUGUUCAGUCAGUCACACUCAGAUGUUUUGGAUUCAAGCACCAGUGCAGUCCAGAGUCACUAGAGGAGGGAAGCUACAACAGUGUUUAAUUAGAACCAUGUAAAAGAAAAAACUAAAAAAAAAAGUUUUACUUGACCAUGUAGUUCAUUACUGACAGCAAACGGAUGCUUUUAUGUACUGUGGAAGGUGCCAUUCCUCAGUGUGCACUUGCUGAAAAUGAUGUUGUUUCUGACAUUAACUAUUGCCACACACAGACUGCUGUCAAGAGCUUUUUGCAACAGGCAGUCUAAGACACUGGAACUGUGACAAGACCUUUUUGGCUCAUUUGAGCAAGGCUCAAGGACUGAUAUUUUACCUGUUAUAGCCUUGGCAUGGAAAGCAAUCUCACAAGCUGCCAAAAUUUGUGUGUUUUAAGUUGUUAGUUAUCUAAGACUGAGACCAAGGCAGAGCAGCUUGAGGGAAGGAAGGAGGUUUCUAGAGCCAAGAACAAAAGCAACAUAUUUUCCCAGCUAUUUCAAUUAUGGUGUCUAAAGACUUUCAAGUGCGAGGCCAAAUCCUGCCUGAUACAAAGCUCCCACUGAACCCAGUCCGGCAAGGUUUGGAGUGAUUACAGCCUUCAGAUCCCUUCUUAAUCAACAGAGAUACUCAGUCAUGCCACAUGGUCCUGCCCUUAGGAAUAUAUAUAUAUAUAUUUAUAUAAAAACUGUACCUAAGAUUUUCUCUGGACAGAUUAUGCCAUCCUAUUGCAGAUUUGACAUUUAGUCAUUAAAAAAAACUAUUUGUGAAGCAAAAAGCAUUAAAUGCCCAGCCACAGUACAAACAUUGACCAAUUUGGACUGAGCCUUUUAAAU